UAUGUGUAUUUGACCAUGUAAAAGUCAACUUUUGAUGGUACAAAUUGAUGAAAGCAUUAGACAUAAUUUUAUAUAGUUCAUCAUCAAAGGGUUGAUUUUUAUGGAUUCCUCCAACUCCAAGAGUACCGUCGAAGAUGUGGUCACAAUAGAUGUUCAUGUAGCAAAAGAUCUUCUUAACUCCGGACAUCGAUAUUUAGAUGUCAGAACAAAUGAAGAAUUUAACAAGAGUCACGCGGACAAUGCACUAAAUAUCCCUUACAUGUUCAUCACACAAGAAGGAAGGGUGAAAAAUCCUGAAUUUAUAGCUCAGGUUUCUUCUCUUUGUGAUAAGGAGGAUUCACUCAUUGUGGCUUGUAACAGUGGAGGCAGAUCGCUUAAAGCUUCUAUCGACCUCCUUACAGCAGGCUACAAGAAUGUAAAGAACAUGGCUGGGGGAUACUCAGCAUGGGUUGACAAUGGGUUUGCUGGAGACUUGGCACCAGCUGAGGAGUUAAAAACGGCUUGCAAAUUUCGCCGCUAAUGAUAAUGUGCACUCUAUAUUACUGUGCAUUAUGUGUGUAAGCAUUAUCUGUUUAUGUGGUUUGCAUAUGUUUCUUUGAAAGCCCUCAUAAAACACGCUUGUGGUGUGCCCAUGAAUAUUUGUUUCGUUUAUGUGUAAUUGUGUUUAUUCAAAGAAACCAACACUCAGACUA